AUGGGCUAUGGUAAAAAGAUCGUAUAUGGUAAAAAUAUCGUAUAUGGUAAAAAUAUAAUCUAUGGUAAAAAGAUCGUAAAUGGUAAAAAGGUGGUCUAUGGUAGCAAGAUCGUAUAUGGUAAAAAAAUGGGCUAUGGUAAAAAAUAUGAUCUAUGUGAUGUAGUUGUUGAUGUUGUUGUUGGUGGUGACGUAGUUAUAGAUGUUGUUGCUAGUGAUGUAGUUGUUGAUGUUGUUGUUGGUGGUGACGUAGUUAUAGAUGUUGUUGGUGAUGUAGUUGUUGAUGCAGUGGUUUGUAAUGAAAUUGUAGAUGUAGUUGGCGAUGAAGUCGCCGAUAUAGUAGUUGAUGCAGUUGUUGGAUUUGAUGUAAGUGUUGAUGUAGUAGUUGUCGACGUGGUCGUUGAUGUAGUUGUGGAUGAUACGGUAGAAGUUAUUGAUGUAGCAGUUGAUUGUGAAGUUGUAGUACUUGCUGCUGAUGUAGUAGUACCCGUUGAAGAUGUUGUAACAGCAGUUUUCGAAGAUGGUGCAGUAGUCGUAGUGGGUGAUGUAGUCGUACUUGUUGAUGAACUCGAAGUUGGUGAAGUAGUCGAAGUUAAUGGUGAAGUCGUAGUUGGCGUAGUAGUUGUAGUCGUAGUCGGUGUGGUAGUGGUGGUCGGUGUGGUAGUGGUGGUCGGUGUAGUAGUCGUAAUCGGUGUGGUAGUGGUAGUCGGUGUGGUAGUGGUAGUCGGUGUGGAAGUCGUGGUCGGUGUGGUGGUCGUAGUCGGUGUGGUAGUCGUUGUCGGUGUGGUAGUCGUGGUAGUCAUUGUCGGUGUGGUAGUCGUAGUUGGUGUGGUGGUCGUUGUCGGUGUGGUAGUCGUGGUCGGUGUGGUAGUCGUAGUCGGUGUGGUAGUCGUAGUCGGUGCGGUGGUCGUAGUUGGUGUGGUGGUCGUAGUCGGUGUGGUUGUUGUGGUCGGUGUGGUAGUCGUUGUCGGUGUGGUAGUCGUGGUCGGUGUGGUAGUCGUGGUCGGUGUGGCAGUCAUUGUCGGUGUGGUAGUCGUAGUCGGUGUGGUAGUGGUGGUCGGUGUGGUUGUCGUAGUCGGUGUGGUUGUCGUGGUCGGUGUGGUUGUCGUAGUCGGUGUGGUUGUCGUGGUCGGUGUGGUUGUCGUAGUCGGUGUGGUUGUCGUGGUCGGUGUGGUUGUCGUUGUCGGUGUGGUUGUCGUGGUCGGUGUGGUAGUCGUUGUCGGUGUGGUAGUCGUGGUCGGUGUAGUAGUCAUUGUCGGUGUGGUAGUCGUGGUCGGUGUAGUAGUCGUUGUCGUGGUCGGUGUGGUUGUCAUGGUUGGUGUGGUAGUCGUAGUCGGUGUGGUAGUCGUUGUCGCAGUUGUUGUAGUAGAUGUAGUCGAUGCCGUAGAAGUUGUUGAUGAUUCAGUCGUAGUUUGCGGAGUUGACGUAGUUGCAAUAGUUUGCGAUGCAGUAGAAGAUAACGAUGUGAUAGGUGUUGAUGUUGCAAAUGUAGGAUCUCCUAUAAAUCGAGAAAAAUACAUUGAUGUACAAACUUUUUAUCGGCUGUUCCGUGGACAGGAAUAUCUCAGCUGGUCCGUAGACAGGGAUAGUUCAACUCGAUGUAAGCCUCAUGCUGCCCAGUUUAACUCUUGUACUCGGAUUGAAGUUCUCCUGUCUACGUGA